AUGUCGUCCAGGGUUGCACUUACACACAGGAAUGUACCACGGUUAAUGGACAUUACAAUUAUUUCCAAUCAUAUACUCUCCAGAAAACCACAGACUCACCCACUGGUGCUGCAAGAUAGAUUUAGAGGCUGGCAAAAUAGCAGUCUGAUUGACUUCUUCAAUGAUUAUGCCAACUUGUGUUUUGAGAAGUUUGGAGACCGGGUGAAACACUGGAUUACUUUCAAUAACCCUUGGUCCACAGCUGUGGAAGGAUAUGAAGUGGGAGAGCAUGCACCGGGGGUGAAGCUGAAAGGACUAGGAGCUUACAGAGCAGGACAUAACAUCAUUAAAGCUCAUGCAAAGGCUUGGCACACCUAUGACAAACUUUGGCGCAAUCACCAAAAAGGAUUGGUGGGUAUUUCUAUCACAAGUGAAUGGGGAGAGCCAGUCGACAUUACAAGUCAAAAGGAUAUCGAGGCUGCUGAGCGAUACAUCCAGUUUAAUCUAGGAUGGUUUGCCAACCCUAUUUUCAAUGGGGACUACCCUCAAGUUAUGAAAGACUGCAUUGGGAGAAAGAGCUCACAGGAAAGCCUGGACAGCUCCAGGCUGCCAACCUUUACUCCACAGGAGAAACAUUUUAUCAAAGGCACCUCAGACUUCUUUGGGCUGGGUCACUUCACAACCCGGUACAUCACUCACAAGAGCUACCAAUACAGUAAAGGGCCAAGUUAUUAUACAGACCAGGACUUGGCAGAACUUGUUGACCCACAGUGGCCUGAUCCAGGUUCUGAGUGGCUGUACUCUGUACCUUGGGGUUUCAGGAGGAUUCUGAAUUAUAUCAAGAGUCGAUAUGGAAACCCGAGGAUAUAUGUGACAGAAAAUGGAGUAUCUGAAAAAAACCAGUGCACUGAGCUGUGUGACAAGUGGCGAAUGCAGUACAUGAGUAAUUAUGUUAAUGAGAUUCUUAAAGCUGUUAAGGAUGGUGUUAACGUCAAGGGAUACACAUUCUGGUCACUGCUGGAUAAGUUUGAAUGGGAUGAAGGAUAUUCAGAAAGAUUUGGGUUAUAUUACAUCGAUUUUAAAAGCAAGAAUAAGAGGAGGUACCCCAAAGGCUCGGUUCAGUACUACAGGAAGAUGAUCAGCUCAAAUGGAUUUCCGAACCAAAGAGAAAUUGAGAAUUGGAAACGCAAAGCUGCAGAGACCUGUUCCAUCACCAAUGCACUGCUUGCUGCAGAUCCUCUUGUCAAUCACAUGGAGAUGGUAACAGAGAUUGUCGUCCCGACUGUGUUCACUCUUUGCAUACUGCUGUGUGCUAUAUUACUGAUGUUCCUUCUCCGGACGCAGUGAAAAAUUCAGUGUGUUGUUAGGACAUUACAAUGCCAGAUGUACAAGGACAAAAAUAGAUGUCUAACUCCUUCAACAAGUUUAAAUUACAACAGUCUUUAAUACUUGUCCACAGUCACCUCCAAAGAUACCUUUGUUAUUAAAGAAUGAGAUGAUCCAUUUCCGGGUCAGUAAAACUGCAUUAUAAACAAACUCAAACCACAAACCCCAAUUAUGACUCCAUGGUUGAGAUAAAGGUGCCCACAGCAUGAUAGAGAGAUUCCAUUUCUGAUUCUUCCUUCCCUAAUCACAUAAUACCCAAUUGAAGUCUAUAUUAUCAAGGUUUCACCACAGAUUGAAGACAUCAAAUAUUGGAAGUAAAUAAGCUGUCUUCCAAUAACACAAUAGGUUCCUGCAGAAGAGGCAUUUCAUCAGUGCAACUGUUAAAAAAAACACAGGUACACAUUGCCAGUAGGAACAAUAAAACCCUUGGCCUGUGAGAUGAUAGAAAGCUAUGAACUGGAGAUCAGUCAGUUCAUCAGAACAUUAUUUUUAAAAUCCGUAACAAGUAGAAAUAUAGAAGCUACAUAAUUUAACCAACAUUUAGACCAAACUGCAGCAGUUCCAAGUGGAACUGGCAAUUUUUAUUGGUGAAUCAUAAACAACUGUUAUAAACUUGUUUGU